AUGGGAAUGCAAACGUGCAAAUUUGUGGUUGUAGUUGUAGUGGUGGUUGCUUUGAAGUAUCAAUCAUUUGCAGUGCAACACAUGGUGGGAGAUGACUCUCAUUGGACAAUCCCACCCAACAAUGACUUCUAUAUUUUUGAGUUUGAUGCAGUGUUUUACAAUGUGAUGCAAGUAUCAAAAAGAGAGUAUGAUGACUGCACAGCCAAUCAGCCCUACCAAGCUUUCAUAGAUGAUGGUCCAGUGACCAUUCCCCUGAGGGAACCUGGAGUCUUUUACUACAUUUGCAGUGUCUUGAACUAUUGUUCACUAGGCCAGAAACUUAAUGUUGCUGUCCAGCCACCCAACUCUGUGCCAGAGACUUCUCCGGCCGGUAGUUAA